AUGAUAGUGCGCAACUACCGUGCCUACUUCACUUGUCGCCAUGCCCUGUUCAAACCUCUCAUGAGUGCUAUACGUCGAGUGAUUAGCACUCCCAAUUCAGCGAUGGAUGGGGUAAUGACGAGGAAACUAGCUUUGGAUGUAUGUGAGAUGGUGAUAAAAUGGGAACUGCUGCGACUGCAAAAGGUGGAGCAGCUGACGCAAGGGUUAACGUCUCACGAUGAUGAGCUCGAUACCCUCUUAAAUGACUCUGAAGGCUCACGGCAUGCAACACCAUCCGCAGGCGAGUCUUCUUCUGGUAUGUUGAGUUUUUGUGAAUGCUCUGUUCCAUAUGAGGGCAUCCAAUGAGAUUUUGAUGACCAGCUAUAUAAGCAAAUGUCAAAGGAGUGUGUGGAUGAAGUUGUCGCAAUGCUGUUGAAAUUUGCCAUCCAGCCAACCUCUCCUGUCCAACCACAUCAGCUGCAUCAAGCAACGAUCGAAAAUGGUAAACGAAGCAUUGGACUGAUGAAGCAAUGUCUCAAAUCUGCAGUAUGGGGUGAUGUUGUUACUAUCAAAGUGGGAUGGCUCGAGAAAGAGCUAACUGUCCCGCCUGAGUCACUUGUAAGGCAAGAAAAUCAGUCACAGUUGGCGCAGUCAAUUGCGCAAGCUCAACAGGCGCUCGAAGUCGUAAUCAACCUCGUGACAAUAAUGCUCAUCCGCCUAGUGAACGUACUCGUUGCGAAGUUGUUUGAAAAAUCCAAUUGCUCAAUGACUGGGAUGUACGAAUUCGAAAUCCUUAACCAAUUCAUUUCAAAGUAUCUGAACGACCAUUUCAACUCCUAUGUGAAGUAA